UAUUGGCAAUAGAGAAUUUCCAGCCUAAUGUUUCUCCAGACCAUAAAUGCCUUCCAUUAACAAUUAAAUUAACUAAAACCAAACAGGUUUUCGUGUAGAGAGAAAUGCACAGCCAUGGCAUCAUCACCAAACGCGCAUGGAGGACCAAAAAUCCAAAUGGAGAAUGUGCUGGGUCUUUUGAAAGUUAAGAUCAAGAAAGGCGUUAGUCUUGCUGUUCGUGAUAUUACAGAUAGCGAUCCCUAUCUUGUCAUAAAGAUGGGCGAUCAGAAACAAAAGACCAGAGUUGUUAACAAGGACGUCAACCCUGUGUGGGAUGAAGAAUUGACUCUUUCUGUAUUAGAUGUCAAUCUUCCAAUUAAACUGACAGUGUAUGACCAUGAUGUGUUAUCGAAGGAUGACCCAAUGGGUGAUGCAGAAUUUGACAUAAAAUCGUUUGUAGAGGCCUUGAAAAUGCCACGUCUAGAACGGCACCCAAAUGGGACUGUCUUAAAGAGAAUAGCACCGGGGAGGACAAACUACCUAGCCGAAGAAAGCUGCAUAACAUGGAAAGACAAAGAGGUUGUUCAACAUCUUUCUCUUAGACUAAAAAAUGUUGAAACUGGCGAAGUUGAAAUUGAACUACGUUGGGUCCAUUUACAAGGAUGUAAAGGAUGGUAGAAUAUAUGUUAAUUAUGUACUUUUUUUUAUUAAUUACUUUAAGCAUUUCUUUGCUUAACCUUAUUUUCAUCUUGUUUAGAAGUAUCAAAUUACAAUGAUGAUAAUUUUUCUGUUACAA